CAUCAAUCUCUCCACAAUCUCACAAAACCCUCCUUUUAUGCUAACAUCUCACAACUACUCUUCCCUCCCCAUAAAUACCUUCAACACCAGUCACAAAUUCAAACAAGCAUUACCUGCAAACCAAAAAAACCCCAUAUUUUCAAAUUUUCAUAAUACCAUAAACUCAAUUUAAAAAUUUCACAGGUCUCAAACAUGUCUAUUAUUAGUACAGGGGUGCUCUCGGCAGACCCUGGAGCUGAUAAGAUACACAAGAAAUCGUUCCACCACAGGAACGACUCCGGGGAGCUCGAUGUUUUCGAAGCUGCAAGGUACUUCUCAGGAUACAUUGAAGCUCCCAGCAGCCAUAACAACAACAACAACAGCAGCAACAGCAACACUUCGGCAUUUUCGCAGAGGAUGAUGAAAGAAGACAGAUCGUCAUGGAGAGGAGGCAGAAUCAGCCUUGAUAUGCCUAUAAGACACAUGCUCCAUCAUCCUCAGCAAAACCCUAAUCACCAUAACCACGUGGUGGUGGAAAAGCAAAACAACAUCAAAGACAAGAAAUACAAGCAGCCGAGCUCUCCAGGCGGGAGACUAGCCAGCUUCUUGAAUUCUCUAUUCAACCAAUCAGCAUCCAAGAAGAAGAAGUCAAAAUCCAGCGCCACUCAGUCCAUGAAAGACGAGGAAGAGAGCCCAGGUGGAAGGCGGAGGAGGAGGAGCAGCAUUAGUCAUUUUCGAAGCUCGAGCACCACGGAUGCCAAGUCCGUGUAUUCCUCAUCGAGUUCAGGGUUUCGAACACCUCCUCCUUAUACCCAUGCACAAACGGCAGCCUCCAAGAGCUACAAAGAUUUGAGAAGCUAUUCGGAUAAUCACAAGCAGCAAUAUCAACAGCAGCAGCAGCAAGCGGUUUCUUUAUCGAAGAACAAUACGAACUUCGAUGAGAAAAGAUCAUCAAACAAAGAACUGACUUGGUUGGAUCAUGAGAAGUUCAAAUUAUCGGAGAAAUAUAAGAUUAGUUCCGAGCUAGAUCACAAGGGUUUGCUCAAAAGGCUAAGUGAGGUUGUUGACGACGAGGAGGAAGAUGAAGGUGCAGAGAGUGAUUCGAGCUCUGAUCUUUUCGAGCUGCAGAAUUAUGACCUGGGUUUUUACUCGAGCGGCUUGCCUGUGUACGAAACUACAAAUGUGGACAACAUCAAGAUCAGAUCAGGAACACCAAUUUCCAAUGCUUCGUCCUAAACCUAAAUUUGUGUUAGAUAUUAUUGGAUUAUGCAUGUGGUUGAGAAAGGAAAUUUUAAUUAAAUUUCAAUUAAAUUUCCUACAA